CGUCCCGGGCUGCCUCGGUCUCCAUGGCAACGCACGGCGCGCUGGGCUCCGGGGCCCGCGCACGAACUGGGCCGCGCACCCCGGGACGACUCCGGGCCGGCCCUAAAAGAAAAAGGAUUUUCCUUAAGUCCGGGCGUUUGAAUCACGGGCGGUCAGCCCCCAGCUGGUCACAGAGAGGCCCGAUGCCGCCCUCGGAACCAGGUCCUGAGGUGGUCGCAGCCUCCCCAGGCCACCCAGUCGUCCCUCCUUCCUGUGCAGUCAUGAAGUUAUUGGGAAACGACCUGCCGGCUCACCAGUUUUUAUAAAAACCUGCACGCUGCACUCGCCGUACAUAGCCUACAGGGAUAUAGAAGGAAAGCAACUGGUUACGAAAAAGCGUUUCAGUCUGUAAAUGCUUAGCCCCGCCACCGUGGAGGAAGCGCGAAGCAGCUCGGUGGCCGCGCCUGGGCAGCCACCCAUCGUGACGGAAAACCCCAAGUGCGGUCGAGCCUUGAUUUACGUGCAGUUGCAUUCCUAGAAAAAUCCAGUGUUAGAAUCCUGGGAAAAGUGCUUUGGGUUCGUUUGGUGCUGUAGUUCGAUUCCAGCCGCAGGUCAUUGUAAGCGGGUUUCCCCACGCACGAACCUCCGUGCACGGGCCACCAUGGACAAAUACGAUGUGAUUAAGGCCAUCGGGGAAGGUGCCUUUGGGAAAGCAUACUUGGCUAAAGGGAAAUCAGACAGCAAACCAUGUGUCAUAAAGGAGAUCAAUUUUGGAAAGAUGCCCAUCCAAGAAAAGGAAGCUUCCAAGAAAGAAGUCAUUCUUCUGGCCAAGAUGAAGCAUCCCAACAUCGUAACCUUCUUCGGUUCAUUUCAAGAAAAAGAUCGGCUGUUUAUUGUCAUGGAAUAUUGUGAUGGAGGGGAUCUCAUGAGAAGGAUCAGCAGACAGCGGGGAGUGUUAUUUAGUGAAGAUCAGAUCCUGGGUUGGUUUGUGCAAAUUUCUCUAGGACUAAAACAUAUUCACGAUAGGAAGAUCUUACACAGGGACAUAAAAGCUCAGAAUAUUUUUCUGAGCAAGAAUGGAAUGGUUGCCAAGCUUGGGGACUUUGGUAUAGCAAGAGUCCUGAAUAAUUCCAUGGAACUUGCUCGAACUUGUGUUGGAACGCCUUACUAUCUGUCUCCAGAGAUCUGUCAGAAUAAACCCUACAACAAUAAAACGGAUAUUUGGUCUCUUGGCUGUGUCUUAUAUGAACUCUGCACACUCAAACACCCUUUUGAGGGCAAUAACUUACACCAACUUGUUCUGAAGAUUUGCCAAGCGCAUUUCACCCCAAUAUCACCAAGAUUUUCUCAUGAUCUUCGGUCCUUGGUAUCUCAGCUCUUUAAAGUAUCUCCUCGAGAUCGACCAUCUGUUAAUUCCAUUUUGAAAAGGCCCUUUUUAGAGAAACUUAUUGGCAAAUACUUGACUCCUGAGGUCAUUCAGGAAGAGUUCAGUCACCCACUCAUCCACACGGCCACAUUAGCAGCUUUAGCACCUGCUGAGAAGGCCAUUCGGGAUUUUAAAAUACGGAAAGUGAGAUUCCAGGUAAAGUGUCCACCAAGAUCAAGGCUAUCAGGACCAGAGAAAAAGAAGGACAUAUUAUACAGAAAUGAAUGGAGACCCCCAGCUGGAGCCCCGGAGCCCAUGUCCACAAAAAUGAUAGAAAGGCCCGGACUUGCUGCAAUGUGUGGACAUUAUGACUAUUAUUAUGCACAACUUGACUUGUUGAGGAGGAGAGCCCAUGAACCAGGUCAUCACUGCGCUCCUCAGAGAGAGGCCACCGUUGAAGAGAAUUGGGAUCAGGAAGAAAGGCAGCAUCCAUCACCUGGCCAAUGGCCUGCUGAGUAUCUUCGGAGGAAAUUUGAGGCUCAAGAAUAUAAGUUGAAAGUGGAAAAGCAAUUGGGUCUUCGUCCAUCUUCAGCAGAGCCAAAUUACAACCAGAGACAAAAGCUAAGAAGUAAUGGAAAAGAGCCUGGAUUCCAGGAGCUGCAAUUUAGGAAAAAUGAAAUAAAGGAACAGGAAUAUUGGAAGCAGUUGGAGGAAAUACGCCAGCAGUACCACAAUGACAUGAAGGAAAUUAGAGAGAAGAUGGGGAGAAACCCAGAGGACAACUCAAAAAUCAGUUAUGGAACCUAUCUGGUGAAGAAGAGUAACCUGCCUGUCCACCAAGACGCACCUGGGGAAGAAGCACCUGUGCAGGAUAUGGCAAGAGACUUCAAACAAGAUAAGCUUCAGAACAUGAAGGAAACUAACAUUCCAGAACAGAAAUAUAAAGCUAAGAGAGCAGUAAAAUUUGAAAUUAAUUUAGACAAAUGUGUUUCUGAUGAAACAGUCCCUCAGGAGGAAGAGGCAGUGGAUUUAAAUGAAACUUUGACCUUUGAGGACGGCAUGAAGUUUAAGGAAUAUUUGCCGGUAAAGGAGCAUGAAGAGCACACAGACAGAGCAUUUGAAAAUCUCUGCUGCGCAGAAGCAGGGCUUUCCUCUCGGGAGGCCAUUGCUGCUGAAAACAGGAGGCAGUGGGAUGCCAGAGCACCUCAGACUCUGUUGCAAAUGAUGGCAGCGGUUGACAUCACCUCCACCUGCUCUACAGUGCCUGCUGGUGAUGAUGACCAUGUUAUUGUGAUUGAAGGCAUUUCAGAAAACAGAAAACAGUGGCGGCAUGAAGCACCUGGAACUUUAAUGAGUGUUUUGGCCUCAGCGCAUCUAACAAGUAGCUCAUUUUCUGCCGACGAAGGAGAAUUUGGGACCCAACUACUUGAGCCAUCACCUGCUUCCUUCCAGGGUGCACCAGGAGGAACAUUAAAACCGUGGAUUCCUAAAGGUGAAGAUGAAGCAAAGGUGGAAAUGGCCUCUGGUGUUGAAAUAGAUAAGGAACAAUUAGAACCACAAUCUGAUGAUGAUACAAGCUUUGAAGAAUCUGAAAAUGAGCUGAGAGAUGAAAUAGUAGAAUCCCUAGAAAAACUCUCCAUCUCUGAAGAGGAAGAACAAAGGGAAGGGGAUUCUGGUUACUGUAAGGAUUCUGAAAUUAGAAGAGAGAAGAUAGGCAUGCUGAAAUGUCAAGAGUUGAAUGAAGGUUUGGAGACUGUUUCUACUUCAGCCGAUGACAGUAUUUGUGUUGUUAAUGAAGCCCAAGGAUCAUCAAUAACCAGUCAAAAUACACUGGUGUGAUUAUUCUGUUUUCUUCAGUCAUAUUCACUUACUGUUAGUCUUCCAGUAAUCCCAAGGAUUUAUUUUUUCACCUGAGACCAACUGAAUGUAAAUAUUAAUAUUUUACCUUAAUAUUUCAAUUAAGAAAGCUCCCAAAUAAUUUACAUGAUAGGCAGAAUAAGUUGGCUCAGGAUAGGUGUUUGGUGUAGCAGUUAAGCUACUGCUCACUGGGAGACCCUAGGUUCAAAUCCUUUCUCUCCUCUCCAUUACAGCUUCCUGAUGCACAUCCUGAGUAAGCCAGUAUGGACAUUUUGACAAUACUGAUGCUUUGAAUCUGUGAACGUGGGAUGUCUUUCCAUUUCUUUGUGUCCUCUUCCAUUUCUUUCAUCAGUGACCCUGGUGAUGUUUUUUCAACUUGGUGUACAAUAGCUACCAAGUUGAUUAUUGUUUAAAUGAUACCAACAUGUGUAUUAACCCUCAACCUCACUUCUAAGUGUCUUGUGACAUGUACAUAUGGCCCAAGUGAGCACACAGAACUACAACACUGGAACUGAUGCUUCUCCAAAGCCAAGGAUGGCCUUAGAUUUAAGGUGGAGAAAGCGGGAAAAAGAGUUAGC